ACGCAAUUCACGCUCUCGCAGCUCAUAAAUCACACGAGGAUUCGUCUUGGUGGCUAAAUUAAAAUUUCCUCGUAAAAAUUAAUCGAGCCGCGACGAAGCUUUCGAGUCGCGUUCUUUGCCACGGAACGAAGAGAAGAUUCCACUUAGUGCCGUCGAGCGUGGCCGUAGUUAAAGCCGGAUUGGUUCUUGAGAGCGGUCGUUGACAGAAAGGAUCGGUAUACGCGUUUGAAUUUUCCUGGACCGAAUUUUGAAGAAUUCCCCUGGAACUUUCGACGCAGGAUAUACGGUUCAAAGAAAAAGAAGAGAUCCAACGACGUGACGUAACCGCACGGCAUGAUAAUAGAUACGGACAUUAGACACUUGCGUUUACGAUCAGAUAAACGGAUCGAAAUCGUGCCCCGAGUUCGGCAAUCCAUAUCAGGAAGCGCAUCUAACAAAAGGUUUAGUUGGUGUUUGGUCCUCGGUGUGAAAUUCCGUCGGUGGCAACGAUGAAAAUGGAGGCAGAGCAUAGGUUGGAGCAGUUGAAGAAGGCGACGGACAGAAUACAGAAGGAAAUCGAAGAGGUCACGGAGAGGGAGCACGAGCUCAGAAACGUGGGUAGCAUUAAAACCACAUCCCACGAGACGGUGGAUUCCAAGGUGCGACGCAUGCCACAAGCGUUAGCCUCAGGAAAGUUGAAAAGGACAACAUCUACGCCACAAAUUCUGGAAGCAGUUAACCUAACACCGUCCACACCGCCCUUAACGCCAAAGAUGACAAAUGGAGUGAUAUCCAGUCGUACCACUCCGACACCUCUGCGUUUCGCAACGGCACCCAGUCAAAAAGGAUUGAUGCACAGGUUUCUAGCCACACGGGGGAAAAUUUAUAAACCGAAAUCUGCCGCUAUCGACACGCUGACGCCACCUGUCACACCCACUAUUGCACUCAAUCCGUUAAGCAUUAAAGCUUUUAACAGAAGUCUAGAGAUUCAACUUGAACCGGACGAUGAACCGAAAAAGCCUCCAGUUAGAAAGGGAUAUGUACCCGUGGAAGAAAAAAUUCAGAAGGAAUUGCACGAAAUGAAAGAGAGGGAAAAUGAGCUUAGAUUAAUGCGGUCACAGAUGUUGGCCAAAUCUCAACCAAAUCUUCUGGAUAUUGGAAACGACAAUGAUUCCGAUAUCUACGACGGUUCGAGUUCGUUAAGAAGUGGUACUUCGACGAAUACUUUAAAUGAAGAUGAAGUAGAAAAAGAAGCUAAAGGAAAGCACAAGCCUAAUCCACGACGUCGAAGCACCCUCAUCGCACAAUGGGAAAAUUUGAUAGCUGCAAAAAAAGAGUCCAACGAUAAUAACAACGAAAACGACUUAAAUUUCUGA